AUGAGAAACUUGGCGAACUCCACAGAUGAUCGUGAUUCGGUGAUGGAAUUAGAAAGACUUACACCGGAUGUCAGGGAUAUCGACAUCCAAACUGAAUUAACAGCAUCGAUGUUGAAUGAUAUCAAUGCAAAUAUUUGGCCAGAAGUAACAAACGAUCCAAUGAAUACUUCUAUGAAUCAAAAUCAUCGCGUUGUAGAUAGAAGUAUUGAUGAGCCUCUCAUAUCAACAACGGACAUCAGCAAUGGCAUUCAAUCGGAUCUUAUCGGUCCAACGGAUGGAUAUGCUCAAGAAACUUUAUUACCUCUUUCGAAAGCAUGUUCUCCACUAAUGGACAUUCUAUACAACCUACCGUAUUAUGUUCAAAUGGCACUUGAUGAAACUCCUGAACAUCCACCAGAUGGUUUAACAGUCGAUGAAAGUGCUGCGAUCCGUCUGUAUACAAUCGAAUGGCAACCACCAUAUAAGAGUCUCUAUUCAAUGCUCAAUUUUACUUUAAAGAAGGGAAAUCGCGAUGAAGUUCGACCUUAUUUUAAAUAUAUGAAACUUCUAUUAACUGCCUUAGUUAAAUUAUCAUGUGCACCACCAUCAACUGUUUGGCGUGGAGUAACUAAAGACUUAAGUAAAGAUUUUCCUCCCGGCACGCUUGUCACGUGGUGGCCGUUUUCAUCUUGUACUAUUGAAUUGCGUGUACUCGAAAGUAACGUCUAUUUGGGUACGACUGGUAAUCGGACGUUAUUUUCAGUUGAAGCUAUCAAUGGUCGAAUAAUAAGCGCCUAUUCACAUUUUGUUACAGAAGACGAAAUUUUACUUCUUCCAGGUACGUUUAUGAUAGUUCAAUCUCAAUUUAUUCCAGCACCGGACCUUCAUAUUAUCCAUUUAAAACAGUUGAGACCAGAAACUCAACUACUAGAACCUCCAUUCAAAGAUGCAAUUCUCUACCCUAAAAUCGAACGACAAUGGUAUCUCAAGAAGAGAUUUGCCAUUCCGAUGUGUUUUCUGUUCACUUUGAUCAUUGCAGCGGUUGUUCUCGCUGCAGUAUUAGCAACUAGACCACAAACACAGUCUAAAAAACAAACGUGUAAUACGCCUUACAAAUUUGCAAAUCGUAUAACGACUGGGAAUAUGCCGACUUCGUUAACAGUCGGCGAUUUCAAUAAGGAUACACAUCUGGAUGUUAUUGUAGCAAAUCAACGAGAUAAUGGCAUUUCCGUCAUGUUUAAUAAUGGAAAUGGAAGUUUUCUAUCUGAAAGCACUUUGACAGUUAACGGAUCACCGUAUUUUGUGUUAUCAGGUGAUUUGAACAACGACAUGAAAUUAGAUUUCAUUGUUUCUUACUAUGAUGCCAGUACUAUUACUAUAAUGUUAGGCUAUGGCAAUGGUAGUUUCACUUUACACGUUCCGUACAAAAUCGAUAGAUAUUCAUCUGCAGCAGUAUUAAGAGACAUGAAUAACGAUGCCAAGCUCGAUUUAGUAAUAAAUAAUCCUGAUUGUCGAUGUAUCAGUGUCUGGCUCGGUGUUGGAGAUGGAACAUUUGUCGACGAAAGAAAUUAUUUCACAGGUCUGCAACCUAUUUCUUUAUCACCUGCCUAUUUCAACGACGAUAUUUAUUUGGAUUUGGCAGUAGUAAAUGAAGAAAAUAAUUCAGUUACUAUUUUACUUGGUUUACAAGACGGAAGCUUCUUAACUUAUAACACACACACAGUUCAAAGUAAACCAUCGACCAUAAUAUCACGAGAUUUAGAUAAAGAUGGAAAAUUAGAUUUAAUCAUAGUCAAUAGGGGCAACAAUACAAUUAGCAUUCUGCUCGGCAAUGGCGAUGGAUCGUUUCGUACAGAAAGAAGCUUUCCAGUUGGAACUUCUCCAUCCUCGGUAACAUCGAAUGAUUUCAAUAAUGAUACAAUUCUUGAUUUAGCAGUGACUAACUACGGUGAUAAUACUCUUACAGUUUUACUUGGUGAUGGAUUUGGCAACUUUCCUAUUGAAAAGUCAAUUCCAGUUGGUGUUAAUUCUGUCGCGUUAGUAUCAGGGGAUUUGGACGGUGAUAAUUUACCUGAUUUGAUUGUUGCCAAUGAAUUAUCAAAUGAUAUUGCUGUUUUACCAAAUCAAUGUUCGACAGUUGAUCAAUAA